AUGCUGGUCCCGCACGAAAAGAGGCGAUCGGUGGCCGCUGAGAACGCGAUCGAGAACAACCAGCGCGUGAGCAGCUGCCUGGGCGAGCUGUGGCGUUCUCUCAGCGUCGCCGACAAGGAGCCUUACAAGCGCAAGGCCGUCAACAGAAAGAGGCAUCCGGGAUACGUGUACAGUCCGCGUGAGACCCAGCGGUGCAAGAGGCAAGCGUGCAGGACCAAGGCGAUUGCCAGCAAGCUCAAGCAUGGCACUUCCGGGGACGAGCAGCAGCAGCCGAGCAUUUCCACGGCCGAGGCCCACGGUCGAGGCUCCCCGGACUUCCAGCAGCAGCAACAUCCGCCGCCGCCGCCACCGCCGCCGCAAAGGAAAGAACAACGUGCAACCACCGCUGCCCGUGGCAGCGAUUCGGGCGAUGCUCAGGGAAUGCCGCUCCCUAGGCCGUCGGCCACUGUCACGGCCACGCCGUCGUCUCGCUCGGCUGCGCGGCCCUACAACGUCCACCGGUUCCCCGGUCCUCUGCCACCAUCAGUGCGAGGGACCAACAGAGGAAACGCCGUGCCCACCGCUCAGUUAACGGCAGCUCGGAAAUUUAAGCAGCCUAAAACGCCAUAUGCCCGAACAAUGCUGGAUAAUCAGCUAUCCCCCACGCUCGUGGACGAAGAGGACGACGACUCGUCUACGGGCACGUCGACGUUUGACCAGGCCGGAUUCUUGGAGACCCUAGGCUCUGCAGAUGGCGCCCCAGGUGAAGGUCAGCUAUGA